AUAAGAGGCUGGGAUGCGCGUGCGGCCUGGGUGUGUGCUCUGCGGCCCCCUCCCCCGGUCCCGUCCCCAGCGUCUCUCCUCCCCGCGCACCGACAGCCCGGGGCCGCCGCGGGGCUGGGGGGGAUGCCGGGCUGCCGCAUCAGCGCUUGCGGCCCAGGGGCCCAGGAAGGGACGGCAGAGCCGGGGUCGCCCCCGCCGCCACCCCGGGAGCCCCUGGCCUCUCUCCAGCCCCCGCCCCCAUCUCCGACCUCGACCCCGACCCCCGCUCAGUCACCGCCGUCUCCGAAGGCGGCCGAGACCCCCGCGGAGGGGCAGGAGCUGCAGCGCUGGCGCCAGGGUGCUAGUGGGGGAGCGGGGGGCGCGGGCCCGGCGGGGAUCGGGGGCGCGGGCGCGGCGGCGGGGGCCGGGGGCCGCGCGCUGGAGCUGGCCGAAGCGCGGCGGCGCCUGCUGGAAGUGGAGGGCCGCCGGCGCCUGGUGUCGGAGCUGGAGAGCCGGGUGCUGCAGCUGCACCGAGUCUUCCUGGCCGCCGAGCUGCGCCUGGCGCACCGCGCCGAGAGCCUGAGCCGCCUGAGCGGCGGCGUGGCCCAGGCCGAGCUCUACCUGGCGGCGCACGGGUCGCGUCUCAAGAAGGGCGCGCGCCGCGGCCGCCGGGGUCGUCCCCCCGCGCUGCUGGCGUCCGCGCUCGGCCUGGGGAGCUGCGUGCCCUGGGGCGCGGGGCGGCUGCGGCGCGGCCACGGCCCCGAGCCGGACUCGCCCUUCCGCCGCAGCCCGCCUCGCGGCCCCGCCUCCCCCCAGCGCUGACCUCAGCCCCCGGGACCCCUUGCCUCCCGAGACAGGCGGUCCCCCGGGUGCGCAAGGAAGGACGGACGGACGGAUCCAGGUGCUGGGUAGAUGGACGGCGUCAACUACGCGGAGGAGGCCGCCGGGGUGCCGGGGCCCCUGAAAGUGAGACUGAGCUCCUCAGAGCCGCCACUCCAUGGGUCAGGACUUCUGCAUUCUGCUCCUUCUCUGGAUACCGCCUUCAGGAAGACUUCCAGGACUGACUGUACCCGUCUCGGCGCCUUCCUCUCAGGAGCCCUCACGGUGGCAAGGGGCUGGGUCCUGGGAACUUUCUGUACUCUGAAUUGCUUUCCGUACACUGCAUUUUCCAUACUUUGCUUAUACAGAGACCCAAGAUGCUAUCCAGUUAGCCGAGACCACAGCACACAUUGCCGGUGUGACCAAUGAGGAGAAUUCUUAUUGAAGACAGACUCCUCAUUCUUAAGUCCCAGUGAGGCCGGAGUCCCCGUCCUCACCACUUCUUUGUCCAAUAGCUCCAGGAAGCCUAUUUGAGGCAAAUCACUGCUGUAGGAAACCCCCGUUUCCCCCCACCCAGUGCCCUUGUCCUCCCCGUGUGAUUGAGGACAUACCUGGGUCUCCUUGCAGACAAUCAGCUGCUGCCUCCUAGGGGGACACCUCUUUCUCAGGAUGAGGUGGUGGCAACAUCAAACAUCCAAAGCCAACCUAACCGCACAAAGGAAAUCACUUCUUCAUGUAUCCUGAUAGAGGGAAGGAGGCACAUUUACGCACACACCGCCCAGAACCCAUAGGCUUCUGUACAGUGGCUGUAUAGCGACUUGGUCCCCAAUUGUAUACAACGCAGGAAGAAUAAAGCUCAGUAACGUGA